AUGGCUCCAAUUACCACUAAGAAAUCCAAAGCUGCCAAAAAAUUUGUCGUUGACACCUCAGCUCCAGUUGAAAACGGUGUUUUUGACCAAGAAGGUUACGUCAAGUACCUUGUUGAACAUAUCAAAGUUGACAACAUUGUUGGUAACUUGGGUGAUGAAAUCUCUGUUACUUCAGAAGGUAACAAGGUUGUUGUUGUUUCAAACACCAAAUUCAGUGGUAAAUACUUGAAAUAUUUGACAAAGAGAUAUUUGAAAAAGAACCAAAUCAGAGAUUGGAUUAGAUUUGUUGCUGUUAAACAAAACCAAUACAGAUUGCAAUUCUACUCUGUUGCUGAAGAUGAUGAUGAAGAAGAAGAUGAAGAGUAA